AUGUCCGGUCCGCCCGCACCAUCCAUCCCUCUGUUUCCGGCAGAUCGGAGUGCCUCGCCCGGAUCCCGUGCUCGGGACUUGGUCAACUCUAGGAACGGCACUCCCAGCGUGCUUGCAUCUGUCCCCAUCCACCCACCCCCAGCCAAGAAAAUUCGCCAAGUCCAUUUUGGGGACAUCUGUUAUUCCGACAGCGAGGCUGCUUCAGAAACUGAGACUAAUGAUAUCAGUACCGCAGAACUGGCUGCAAAUGCACCCCGCUACCGGAGAAAAAGCAGCACUUUCAUCGAUGGCAUCCACGACACAGGUGAGGACAGUUCGGACAGGGCGCCAGCCCAGCUGUACAGUACCAUGUCUGGCAGGCUGUUCCAUUCCGGUCGCAUCGCAAUAGUCAUGGUUGGACUACCGGCUCGUGGCAAGACUCAUAUUUGCGUGUCGAUGGCCCGCUAUCUACAGUGGCUGGGUGUCAAAACGCGCAUCUUUCAUUUGGGAGAUUAUAGACGAGCUACCGUCGGUGAUGAUUCCGACGUUCCAGAGGACUAUUUCUUCCCCAAUGCCUCCCCGGCAUCUGUCAUGCUACGACAGAAGAUUUUGAAGAAAUGUCGAGAGGAUAUCUACGCCUGGUUGAACCAUGAAAAUGGCCAGGUUGCCAUUUAUGAUGCUGUCAAUCCAACUGCCUCUGGCCGGAGAUCUCUAGCCAAGGAAUUCGCCAAACAUGACGUGCAGACUCUAUUUCUUGAGUCUUAUGUCGACGAUGACAAGCUCUUGCGAGAGAAUGCCAGGAAUGUCAAAAUCAACUCGCCAGACUUUGAUGGCAUGGACCCCGACGAAGCUGCAGGCCUCUAUCUCCGCCGCAUCGAGAUGAAGAUUCCUACAUUUGAGACCAUGGAUGAGAACGAGCUGAACUACAUCAAGAUGAUGAAUGCAGGAGAAAAGUUCUUCUACAACAAUGUCUCCUUCAAUUAUCUCUCUCAUCGCAUUGUCUUUUACCUGACAAAUACGCACAUCAAGUCCCGCACAACCUUCUUCGCCCGAGCUGGUACCGCCACGGAGGAGGACUCUUACAAGGCUGACGCGCCUCUGUCUGAUGCCGGUCGCGAAUACGCCAAUAUCAUGUGCGAGACGCUCAUCAAGCAUCGCGAACAGGAGCGCGCUGCACUCAGGAAGGAGGGCGGUCCUGAUAUUCCUUUGAGGCCUCUGACGGUGUGGACCAGUACUCGGGUUCGCACCAUCGAGUCCGCCGAGCCAUUCCGCGAUCGUGGCUACAAGGUCCGUCAACGCAGCCAAAUGUCCCAGAUCAACCCGGGUGUUUGUGAGAAGCUCUCCGAGCGUGCCAUUCGCCGCCUCUACGCAGAUGAAGUAGAAAAACAUGAUCUGGAUCCAUACCAUCACCGGUACCCCCGAGCAGAGUCUUACCACGACCUGGCUGUGCGCCUGGAGCCAAUCAUUUUGGAGCUGGAGCGUGAACAGAAUGACUUGCUCAUUAUUGCCCACGAGUCUGUACUACGGGUUCUUUACGCGUACUUGAUGCAUUGUAGCACGAUGGACAUCCCGACGCUCAAAUUUCCACGCAACGAGAUUAUCGAGAUCAUUCCGGCGGCGUAUCAGAAUGAGGCGAAGCGGAUUCAUAUCCCAGGAUUGGAUCCUAAGAUGGUGCCUUCAAGCCCUGAAGAUAUUCGAAUUCCGGUACCAAGCAUGCCGGGCAGCGGCACUGACAGCCCUGCGCCGCUUCCCAAUGGCGGACUCGGUAGCCCGGCUGAGCUCAGUCCCGAGUUUGAGCGCAAACCCGAACGGAUCGUGAGCACUGCAGUGGAUGCGGUCAAGGACAAGCUGACCGAUGUCGAUUAG